CAGAUCGUGUCAUUUACCUGAAUAAAAACUAAAAUGUUUUACAGAAUGGGAGGAAAACAUCGAAUAUAUUGGGGAAUAAAGGCAUUUGCGCAAGGAUUUUUUAUUGGCAUUCCUGUGUGUUUGACAUUCACAGAUAAUUUUUACACUGUUUGUCAAGUUGAAGGAUUUUCAAUGCAGCCUGUCCUCAAUCCCAAUACUACAAUAAAGGAUUUUGUCCUCAUUAAUAGAUGGAAACUUAAAAGAAAUCCGAGCAUACAAUGUGGUGACAUUGUGUCGAUUGUGUCGCCGAAAGACCCAGCUAUUCUAUUUAUAAAAAGAGUCAUUGCAUUAGAAGGAGACACAGUCUGCACAAAGGGUUAUAAAAAUCGUUUCGUUCGAAUUCCUGUGGGACAUUGUUGGAUUGAAGGUGACAAUCAAAGUUGGAGUCUUGAUAGCAACUCAUUCGGAUCUGUACCGCUAGGGUUGAUAAAUGGUAUUGCAACAAGAAUAGUUUGGCCACCAUCACGAUGGUCGAAACUAACUAACAAUAUUCCACCAGGACGACAAACUGUUAAUACUGAGGUUUUUUCCUCAAAGACGAUGACGUAAGAUUAUUCUCGACAGAUGCAUUUGAUGAAGGAAAACGAACAGAUUACAAAAAUAAUUAAUUGGUUUUUACAAAGCUAUAUAUUUAUAUAUGUAUAUAUAACAGCAAAUAUGACCCUGUAUUUCAUUCGUUCAUUUUCGAAGCUUUGCUCGUCACUGCCUCAUGGCGUAAGAAUUGCAACCAUUUUAUUGAAUAUUCAAAGAUUUUUAACAGAAUUAAUAAUGUUAUGUUUUUGUGGUAAAGAAUACAGCUCUAGUGUCUGUGCAUAAGGCAUUGGUACAUCAGCACCGGUAACACGUAGGACUGGAGCAUCAAGAUAAUCAAAUCCUUCACCUUAGAAAAAGAAAUUAAAGUUCAUUCAGUGAAAUUAAAA